GUCCUAUGCCCGUCGCAACCCUUGGUUCUGACUGGCCUACAUACCUAGCCUGGCCUGAUGUCUGCUUGGGGAGGACUGUGUGUCUGUCACCAGCGCGCCAAUGGCUCCAACGAUUCCAAGCCGGGGUCCGAGGCGAAAUAGGACAAAGCUAGAGCUCCCCCGUCGACCUGAUGGUAUGGCAAAAGUGAAGACAGUGUACAGAUACAGUUCCGGACUUUGGUGCCGCGAGAGCUCCCAUCCCCCCCUCUCCUCUCCUCCCAGAGAGUUGGUCAGUCUCCGUGACAGCACCACCGGCCCCCGUGUGGAAAUCCUCCGCAUUUUCCUCUUCCCCUGUCACCGAUUCUCCCAUAAUAACUGCUCCACUGCCGUGCAUCCAUCCCUUCUUCUCACUGUUCCGUCGUUCCUCCCCGCCCUCAUCCUACUCCUCCUCCUCCUCCUCCUCCACGGUCUCCGUGAAACGCAGCCUCGAUACCUUCGAGCGUGGCCUGACGUCUUUCGUCGUGAGUGAUCGCUUUUGAGAACCGAGUCGCACCGCAACCCGCGACGACAAAGAGGCCUAGCUGUUUAUUCGCCACGACCGCCGCUCCGUCGUCGUCGUCGUCGUCGUCGACGACCAGAUAUUACCCGUCACACACUCCACCGCCCGCCCCCCGUCCUGUGCUGCACUGUCGCGGCGCACCGACACCCGCCCACCACGUCGUCCACGCAGCUUCUUCGCCUCCAGACGCAGGCCAUGUCCCCGUCCUCGACGGGCGAUUCUCCCCGCUCGGCCACGGGCAACGCGGGGAGGCCCUUUUCCAUGCCGUCACGCGAGACCUUCAACAUCGAGGUGCCCUCGCCGUCCAUGACCAACGGCAUACACCCGUUAAAGUCGCCUGCCUCGCUCAAGACGCAAAGAACCCCCAGUUUCAGCAGAGAUGGCAUCCUCGGCUCCGCACAAAAGGCCCGGAACAUGUCUCAGUCGUCCGACAACCGCCCAGAUGCCCUGGCCAAUGGCAUGAACCAGCAGCACAGCGAUGACGGCUCCAACCCGCUCAAGAGGAGGAACACGGACGUCGGCAUCGACUACCCGCGCAGGAGGGCCACAAUCGCAUGCGAGGUGUGCCGGUCCCGCAAGUCUCGUUGCGAUGGAACCAAGCCCAAGUGUAAGCUCUGCACCGAGCUGGGCGCCGAAUGUGUUUACAGAGAGCCCGGCAUCAAGCUGGACGCCGGGGACAAGCUGAUUCUGGAGCGUCUGAACCGCAUCGAAAGCCUGCUGCAGAUGAACAUGGUUGCCGGGCAGGCCAACGGCAUCGCCAUCAGCCAAGAAUCCCCCUCCAUGAGCAACGGCUCCGGCCUUAAUGGCGGGGACAGCAUGAUGGGCGUGUCCGGGUCCGGCAACAUCGUCUCCAUCAUCCCCAACGGCGGCCUGGGCACGUGGAACAACCCGACCAACAUCUCGACCAUGCCCAAAAUGCACACGAACGCCGCUCUCCACCUGCUGCAGUGGCCUCUCAUCCGCGAUCUCGUGUCCCGCCCGUACGACCCGCAGGUUCUGCUCCAGCUCGAGAUGGCGCGCGAGCCUCUGCACUCGCUCACCAAAACGCCAUGCGUCGAUCUCUCCAACACGACGGCCUACAUUGAGGCUUAUUUCGAGCGGGUCAACGUGUGGUACGCCUGCGUCAACCCCUAUACGUGGAGGAGUCACUAUCGGACGGCUCUCUCUAAUGGAUUCCGCGAGGGAGCAGAAAGCUGCAUCGUCUUGCUAGUUCUGGCUCUGGGCCAAGCAAGCCUAAGGGGCAGCAUCUCGAGGAUCGUCCCCGGAGAAGACGCACCCGGCCUGCAGUACUUCACCGCCGCCUGGGCCCUUUUGCCGGGCAUGAUGACAUCCAACAAUGUCCUGGCUGCCCAGUGUCACCUUCUGGCCUCUGCUUACCUAUUCUACCUCGUGCGCCCGCUCGAGGCCUGGAAUCUCCUGUGCACCACAAGCACCAAGUUGCAGCUCCUGCUUAUGUCGCCCAACCGAGUCCCGCCGAACCAGCGAGAACUGACGGAGCGUAUUUACUGGAACUCGCUCUUGUUCGAGAGCGACCUGCUGGCCGAACUGGAUCUGCCACACUCGGGCGUCGUCCAGUUUGAAGAGAAUGUUGGCCUGCCCGGGGGGUUCGAGGGCGAGGAACAAGAGGCAAUUGGCCGUGACGAUCUUUGGUACUUCCUAGCCGAGAUCGCGCUGCGGCGGCUCCUCAACCGGGUGAGCCAGCUAAUCUACUCGAAAGAUUCCAUGGCCUCCACCACCAGCCUGGAGCCGGUGGUGGCGGAACUCGACUUCCAGCUGACGCAAUGGUAUGAGAGCCUGCCAAUGCCGCUGCAGUUCCCCUUCACCCGCACUCUGCUCGCCGAUCCGGUGCAGACGGUGUUGCGCUUGCGGUUCUUUGCCUGCCGGACAAUCAUCUACCGCCCGUACAUAUUGGCUGUAUUGGACAACGAGCAAGCCGUCCUGGACCCUGCAGUGCGCGACAGUUGCCACAAAUGCCUCGAAGCCUCCAUCCGGCAGUUGGAGCACAUCUCUCAGCAUCACGCCGGACACAUGCCCUACCUAUGGCAAGGUGCCCUCUCUAUUGUGUCGCAGACGUUACUAGUGAUGGGUGCGACCAUGUCGCCUUCUCUGAGCAGCAUCCUCCUCACCCUCGUACCUCAUCGGGAAACCAUUGACCAGAUCAUUAAUGACGUGGUGAUGGAGAUUGAGCGAUAUUCGACCCUGGCCCCUAGCCUAAGCCUAGCUGCAGAAAUCAUCAAGGAGGCCGAAGUGAGAAGGAGGGCAUACCUGAGCGGGUGAAAGCCCGUCACACAACCUUGUAUUGGAACAGGAGACACACAUCCGAAAAAGCACAAAGGGUGGCCAUCGAUACAUCCUCGACAGCCUCCCUCCUCCCUCCCGCUCGUCCAUGCGGGGCAGGGCACCCCGGAUCUGUGAAGAAGGGGGGGCGGAGUGUACGGUCGCGACCGCAGCAGAGCGCGUGCAGGACAGCAGACGACCAGAAAACAUCUGGGGUACAGAAACAAUCCGGGGUUGCGCCACUUGGAGGAGGGUUGGGCCUCGUCUGCGAAUUGGAGAGGCCUGGUUGGCGGGUAAUACUUGGUCUCACGGUUUAUUCGGACCGAAAGCCCGGCGCUCGCCCUUGCGACCAAUGGAUUUAUCCGGCGCCAACCCGCUUCGAGGCGACACCCCCCGCCCCUCAUCUUCCCCAGAGGGAAAGGAGACGGCUGGCAUGCUGCCUCUUUCCACAGACAGGAGCGGUGGCUUGACUGACAAAUCGACCCUCCAGCAGCCAUGUUGGAAAACGGGCCGUCAGGCGAUAUCCUGCUCCAGGUUCUCUUCGGGAAGAUGAUGGCUGAUGAGCACGAGCGAUGAUGAUGGAUUUUGGGAACCAGGUGGCACGUCGGGGGCUUGAGGAGGAAGGACGGUUUACACCUUUCUGGCCCAGGAUCGUGGCCCCGAACGCUGACAUAUUAAUGUACAACACGGCACUGUUGAUGGAAUACCCCUUUAUGCACAUGCAAAUUACAACUGCAAUUCUAGAUAUGCAAGGCGUCCCCCCUCUGACCUGCGUUAAGCCGUAGACACCAAGGCUCAUCGUGUUCAUGUUGCGGCAUUGCCCCCGGUACAGAAGGUCAGGAUGCGGGCGUAGUUCGACCCAGGCUACACGCGCAGCCUUACCGUUCGCCGUAAGAACUCCAACAACUGGCUUGCGUGCGGGGUACUUGGACGCCUCCUGGAUGCGAGAUGCAUACGCGAAAGGGACUCGCAUACAGGACAGUCACGCGGCGUUGUAGCCAUGCUGCGCUACACCCUCCCUCCCUGCGACCUUGCGUCCUUGCGUCCAACUGACCUCGU